UAACUGCGACGCCACAUGUAGAGAAGCUGAAACUUACCUCGGAGCCCCGGGUUGUCAUCUCUCGACCUUAUAUUCUUUAUUUUAACACGCUUUCCGCUGAGUGUGGAUAAAACAAGCCGCUGUCUGAAAAAAUUGCAGCCGUCGUAUAUGAGCCCGUGGCUUGCCAUGUUAUUGUUGUUUGUGCUGCCUGGCGUCAGGCUGGAAUCCACGUGUGUUUGUACAGGAAGGCGUUGGAUGAGAGUGAAGCUAUGGAAGCGCAGGAAGGCCAAAAGGGCUUUUUUUUUGUACAUGCAUUUCCCUGGUAGGCCACAAGAUGGAGCCACAUGACCAACCAUAUAAGCAAUGUGGGCGUGUCUAUUCAAUAUUUUGACAUCUUAAAGGCACAGAACAACAUCAAAGUGUAAACAAUUCUAGCAGAAGCAACAUGUUAGAUUAUCUCGUUUAUUAUAGUCACUUUAAUUUAGAAUGUAGAGAUAAUAUUAAAAAGACUAAUGAAGACUAAAACGCGCUUGCUGUGAUGGAGAUGUCUUUUCCUGUGGACAGCCUAUUUACCUCUUAUGUUGUGUUUUUUCAGAACGCAACAGAACGGCUCCUAUGUGAUAUUUAGUAAGUGAUUGCGUUUAAAGCGUUCAAAUUGCUCUGAUGUAUUUCGGAUUGUAAAUAUGAGAGAGGGAGCAGUCUGGUUGAUGUUCAGCCCAGGCUGUCUGCCAUUCUGCAGGUCUGUCCGCUGAGGGCAACGAGACUCGGAAGGGAUUAAUCAUCGCAAACCAUUCCAACAAGCUUUCCUCUGCCUGUAGUCCAAUUACAUAACAGUAUUACACAAUAAAUACAUCUCCACUGAAACUGUGACAUCGGCUAGGAAGUUGAUUCCAGCGUGCAGGAGAAAGAAGCUCAUUUUACUGAGAGUGUGUCGUGAAGAGAGCCUAUCCUCGUCUGCCCCUGCUGACACCGACACUAUUGGUUGCACUUCUCAUCUUUUUCUCCCUCCUCCUCCUCCCCCUCCUAGCUUUCCUCUUCCUUCUGUUUCUGCAGCGCUGGGGCAAAUAACAGUCAAGGUCCAGUGAGAGUUGCAGAAGACGCGCCCACUCUUGGCGACGUUGCGCACUUCUGGGUAAAGAGAGUACCUGCUCUGAUCCAACCGCUGCCGAGCAUCCAGAGAGAAGAGUUACAUGGGAAGGAUACGGCUGUUCUCUGCUGUCAAACUUGGAACUUUGUCAUCAAUAAUCAUCCAGUGAUGGGUCUACAGAAGAUUUUUCGUGCAGUCAUUAUGGGACCUCCGGGCUCGGGGAAAGGAACAGUGUCCGCGCGCAUUACCAAAAGUUUUGGACUAAAACAUAUUUCCAGUGGGGACAUUUUGAGAGCAAACAUCAACGCCAAAACUGAGUUCGGCCUCUUGAUGAAGUCCUGUAUUGAUCAGGGUCAGCUAGUACCCGAUGAUGUCAUGACUCGUCUCAUCCUGUCUGACCUUAGAGCAAUAGACCAGAGCAGCUGGCUGCUUGAUGGUUUCCCUCGCACAGUUUCCCAGGCAGAGGCUUUGGAUGACGCCUGCAUUGUGGACACAGUCAUAAACCUCAAUGUACCUUUCCAGACCAUCAAACAGCGGCUCACAUCUCGCUGGACUCACCUUUCCAGUGGCAGAGUCUACAACACAGAUUUCAACCCGCCCAAAGUCCCAGGUGUGGAUGAUGUAACCGGGGAACCUUUGGUCCAGAGAGAUGACGACACACCAGAGACCGUCACACGGAGACUGAAGGCCUAUGAAACGCAGACAGAGCCUGUCUUAGAAUACUACAGGAGUAAUGGUAUGCUUGAGACCUUCUCUGGGACAGAAACGAACAAAAUCUGGCCGCACGUCCAGGCUUUCCUCCACAGAAAACUCCCUCACGUUGACCAUAAGGCUGCAUAAAGAGCCUGAACAGAAAGGCUCAAGAAGGGUUAAAGUUUACCAACAGAAACCACUCUGAACUUAAUGGUCAUUCAAGUGGCACUUCUUGUAGAACAACAGAAGAGCUAUCUGUAUUAUUUUAAAUUCUGAAUGUGUUCAGUGAGGAGCAAGCUCUUACGUCAUGUGAGCAUUAGCAAGACAACUUGUGUUGUUUGGAGAAACUCCACCAUUGAAGUACUUGUUGCACUGCUACUGCACUCUCAGGAGGCACAAAAGUCUUCAUGGAUAAGUCCUUAUAGUUCAAAAGAUUGUUUCUUUAUUCCAUUAUGUGCCUUUCUAAAGCAAGAUGUCCCUGAGUCUGAUAUCAAACAUCAACAUGUUUAAAAAUAGAAUCUCAAAGUUGUGUUUUUUUAUAAGAAACAUUGCAUAACGAAGAGAGAAAGUAGCCACCUUAAAGAAUUUAUGGAUUUAUGUGUACAGUUUAAACUUUAAUUUUAUUUUUAUUAUAAUGACAUCCUUUCUUUGUUGAAAAACUUGAUUUGUUUCUUAUGCAGUGGGUAUUUGCCUUAAAGGGAACUCUGCCAUUUUCCACACAUUUUCCACUACUGUAAAUCUACUCAUAAAACUCAAGUGCCUUUUGAUUUUCUAAUAGAUUAAAAAAAGCCUACAGGUAGCUCAGUGAAUGUAGACUGUAAAUACAUAUAAAUAAGGACCACAGAUUAAAUAAUGUAUAAAAUAGUCUAUCUUAUUUAAAAACAAACAAAUACAAAGGUAUAAAUAAUGAGCCAUCAUUGUAUUACAGCCUCUUUCUAACACUUAAAGUCUUACUGAUGUUCGUUUUACAGGCUUAAAUUUGCAUUUGUACCGGGCAUUCCUUGUUGUGACUUGAGGGGCGUUCAUUCCAAACACAACAACAAAAUAAUUUGCAUCUGGUGUGAACGCAACAAAAGCCUGUUAUGUAUUAGGAAACCUCCAUUCAUUUUGACUUGACAAGCAGAUCAUUUCUUUAAAGCAUUUAGAGCACAGUUCAUCAUUGUGUUGGAUUAUAGAAGAAUAUUCAAGCUUGUUGUGGGGCUCUGUGUUUUCUUGUAAGAAUUUUCACUGUAUUUGUAGCUAUUGAAAUGCUAACCUGCCUUGUGAUGUACUGUAGAUUUAUGCUGUGAAUGUUUCCUGAAUUGUUCUGUGUGAAUUUUUGAACACUUGAAUACAACAUUUUAAAACACAACUCCAUUUCAUAGACAACGUACAACUGCUUUUUGUAUUUAUUAUGAAUCACAAUAAAUUUCUGCUGUUCUA